UUUUCAACAGCAGCAAAGUAGCCUAUGUUUAAAAAAUUGGUAUCUUUGAAAAAAGGAGGGUUGUCUUUAAGCCAAAUCAUUUUGUGGAUAUGAUAUUUCUCUAAAAUAAUAAGCAAGUUAAUUAUGUAUUUGUCAUGUAUUUUUGUUCUGUUUUACCGAAACUUUGGUUUUCAUUUGCUACGUACUAAAAAUAAUAUAAUACUAAAUGGCAAAUUGAAAGCAGUGCUUCAGUCUUCCCACCGCUGGAGGCGCUGUCUCAAAAAUCAUCACAUGUUUAACAGUACACGCAUGCGCAGACGAUCUGUUUUCAUACUGAUGUGGAACAAGCGAAGGAGCGUUGCGUCUAUUAUUAUUUGUCAGUUUUAGCUUCAACUUGUAGUUUUUCCAAUGGAUUUAGACGCCGGAACAUACGAACCAGGAUUUGUUGGGAUACGGUUUUGUCAAGAGUGUAACAACAUGUUAUACCCUAAAGAAGACAAGGAGAACCGUAUCCUGCUUUAUGCGUGCAGGAACUGUGACUACCAACAAGAGGCAGACAACAGCUGCAUCUAUGUCAACAAGAUCACCCAUGAGGUUGAUGAGCUGACACAAAUCAUCGCUGAUGUUUCUCAGGAUCCAACGCUACCAAGGACAGAGGACCACCCCUGUCCUAAAUGUGGUCACAAGGAGGCAGUGUUCUUCCAGUCUCACAGUAUGAAGGCUGAGGAUGCUAUGCGACUGUACUACGUCUGCACGGCCCCACACUGUGGACACAGAUGGACAGAGUGAAGCUGGUGAUAAUGAAGAGAUCAAAAAUUUUCAUCUGCAAAUUUACAUCUGCUGCUGAUGUGUGUAAACCCUGAAAUGAUCUUUGUAAGAUGACAUACAGUUUGUCAGACACCAUCCUGUGAAUAUUAUGUAUUAAUAGUU